CUCUGUUCGUGUUAGUGCACGCCACCAAGCGGCAGCGACGGCGACGACGAACGGCGUUCACACGUUCCCCCCGUCAUCCACUUGGCUACCCGGCUCGUAGUCAAGCGUCGGACGCCGUAAGGUACUCUUCGUUGUACCUGGUACAUGUCAAUUUAUCUAUUAUAAUUCGUUCGCUCGUUCGUCUGUGUGCGCGCGCGUUCCAAUGUUGAAUAUAUAGGUGAUCGUACGAAAACUUGUGAUUACGAUGGAUUAAAAAUUCAGAGAGAGAGGGAGAGAGAGAGAGAGAGAAAAAUUUACAACUUCGACAACAACAACAACAACACUGUGAUUUAUUUAUAUAUAAGAAUAAAGAAGAAGACAGUGCAACGCAAGUUUAAAAGUUUCGCGGAGGACUAAAAACAACAAGAAAAAAUAAUAAUAAAAAAGAAUAUUAUCAAAAACAACGCGAGUGUGUUUCAAGUGAGAUAUUUUAUUUUUUAUCGCGAGUUAAUAAUAUAUAAUAAUAUAUCAAAAAAAGGAAGAAAAAAAAAUAGAAAUAAAGGAAAAACUAAUGGAAUUCAUCGUGGGUCGUCAAGAUGAUGCUAAAAAUAUUCGAACUGGAUAAUGGAGCCCAUGAAGUGACCAUAGAAGAAGGACACUCCGUAAACGUGUGACUCGUGAAAAACUAGUCAAAAACAAUUAAGAUGUACCCCGCGCCGGCGAGACACCCAGCCGCUCCCGGCGGCGGAGGAAGCGGCGGGGCUGCGGGAGGGCUGAAAUUCACUGUGGCCGACACUUGUGAAAGGAUCAAAGAGGAAUUCAAUUUCAUCCAGCAACAGUACCAUUCGUUAAAACUCGAAUGCGAAAAGCUGGCCAGCGAGAAGACCGAAAUGCAGAGGCAUUAUGUCAUGGUAAGACACUUUUACUACGAGAUGUCGUAUGGCCUCAACGUGGAGAUGCACAAACAGACGGAGAUAGCGAAGAGAUUGAACGCGAUAAUCGUCCAAUUAUUGCCGUUCCUGGCUCAAGAGCAUGGCUUACAGCAUCAGCAGCAGGUGGCCAACGCUGUAGAAAGGGCGAAACAAGUUACCAUGUCCGAGCUGAACGCUAUCAUCGGGCAACAACAACAACAAGGACUGCAACAAUUGUUGCAACAAAUACACGCGCAACAAUUGCCACACGGUGCGGUGGUUGGUGGAUUACCACCGGGAGGUUUGUUGGGUUUUGCCGGUGCAGCAGCAGCAGCAGCAGCAGCAGGAGUCCCACCUCAUCUGGCCCCACCGGCCCAUCCGGCGGCCGCAGCGGCAGCGGCUCAGGCCCAAGCCCAGGCCCUUCUCAAACCUGCCGAUUUGCAACAGCAUAGGGCAGCAGCAGAAACGCCCGAGGAUCGGAAACCAAUUGCACUCACCGAUGAGAGACUACGACAAUCGGUUUCCCCACCUGAAAAGUUUCGAGCUCGUACGCCUGACCUUGAAAGCGAUCCCAAAAGGCGGAAGGAAGAAAAACUCGGUCACGACAGCGACGGGGAAAAAAGUGAUCAAGACUUGGUCGUUGACGUAGCGAACGAGGAAGGAUCAUCACCGCACGCGAAUGGCGAGCAUUCGGAUCCACGAGAAAAUGGUACCCUAGAAAAGCAUGGUGCACCGGGCCACAUUGGAGGACCAGCAUCGGGAGUAGGUUCGACCUCAGUCAAGGACAGACCACCUUCCCGAAGCGGAAGUUCUUCCGCCCGUAGUACGCCGUCUCUGAAAAGUAAAGAUGUCGACAAACCGGGUACACCUGUGGCGGCGGCGAGGGGCUCGCGCAGUUGUACGCCAACUAUGGGCGGCAUCCCUGGGCCCUUGGCAUCGCGGGUCUAUCAUCCGCCAUCGUCGCAGCAAACGCCACCACAGGGUUAUCAGGGCUUGCCAUCCCGCGGCAAUGAGCCGUCGCAGUCGCCCUCGCCCUACAACAACUUGCCCUACGCCAGACCAUCCAUGGUGACUUUCGAUCCCAUCAAUCUCCUCGGUUUCGACGGUCACGUGAGGAUACCCUCGAGUAACGGACUGAACAGCAUUCCGGGUGGCAAACCAGCGUACUCCUUCCAUAUGAACGGCGAGGGCCAACUGCAACCAGUAUCUUUCCCCGCGGAGGCUCUCACUGGGCCAGGUAUACCUCGUCACGCGCGUCAGAUCAACACAUUGACUCACGGUGAGGUCGUAUGCGCGGUAACGAUCUCCAAUCCAACUAAAUACGUUUACACCGGUGGGAAAGGGUGCGUCAAAGUCUGGGACAUUGGUCAAGGCAGCAACAUUAGCGCGAAACCUGUCUCGCAAUUGGACUGUUUGCAACGCGACAAUUACAUCAGGUCUGUCAAAUUAUUGCCAGACGGUAGAACGUUGAUAGUCGGCGGUGAGGCGAGUCAACUGAGCAUCUGGGACCUGGCCAGCCCAACGCCGAGGAUCAAGGCCGAGUUGACCUCUUCAGCGCCAGCCUGUUACGCUUUGGCCAUCUCCCCAGACUCCAAAGUCUGUUUCAGUUGUUGUAGCGACGGUAAUAUAGCCGUCUGGGAUCUACAGAAUCAAACGUUGGUCAGACAAUUCCAAGGGCACACGGACGGGGCUUCUUGCAUAGACAUAUCGGCAGACGGCUCGAAACUUUGGACAGGGGGACUCGACAAUACCGUAAGAUCAUGGGAUCUUAGGGAAGGAAGACAAUUACAGCAACACGAUUUUACCUCGCAAAUAUUUUCAUUGGGGUAUUGUCCAACCGGGGAAUGGUUGGCGGUCGGCAUGGAAAAUUCAAACGUCGAGGUUCUUAACGCUAAUAAAUUGGACAAAUAUCAGUUACAUCUUCACGAGUCUUGCGUAUUAUCGUUACGUUUUGCAUCGUGCGGCAAGUGGUUCGUUUCAACUGGCAAGGACAACCUCCUCAACGCAUGGCGCACCCCUUACGGCGCCUCGAUAUUUCAAUCGAAGGAAUCCUCGUCCGUGCUUAGCUGCGACAUUUCUGCCGACGACAAAUACAUUGUUACUGGAUCCGGCGACAAGAAGGCCACCGUCUACGAAGUGAUUUACUUCUAAGAAAACUUAUGUCGUCUCCCGGGCAAGAAGAACCUUAACAUUUUGUUCACCCCGUUCGUUAACGCUCGAACUACACCGGUAUCAUCAUCCCCACCGCCGUCCCUUUCUUUUUUUUUCCUUUCUACUACUUUUUACCUAUUUCUUUUUUUUCUAUCAACAACAUCAACCUUUUCCUCUGGAAUCCCCAACCAACCCUUGUCACCCUCUUCCACCUUUUCUCUUCAUCCUUCUUCUUCUUCUUCUACUACUUUUUCUUCUUCUUCUAUUUGUAUUCUUUCUCUAAUCGAAAUAAGGAAGGAAAAACACAACAAGUCGCAAGUGAGAAAGUUUUUAGAAGCCUUAGGAAAAACUAGACUGUUACUAUACUGUGUAUAUAUAUAUAAGAAUCUAUAUUGCGAUAGAAAUAAUGUUUAAAACAACAACAACAAUAACAACAACAAAAGAAAGAAAGAAAGAAAGAAAGAAAAAAAAAGAGGAGUUGUACUCUAUGGUAUAUUAUGUGAUACGAAGUCUCUCUCGGUAUGAUGAUGAUGAUGAUGUGUGUAUGUAUGGAGAUCGAACGUAAUUAAAAUAAAGAUUAAUAAUAAUAAUAAACA